AUGGAUCAAAAGCUGGACUUGAUCAUCGGCAGCAGUGUCACAUCCGGUAAGAAUGAGACCUUCUCGGCAAUAGUCUUCGUCAAUGAAGACAUGGGUGUCCAGGACUUCAACUAUGUGUCUGUCUUUAUCUUGGUAUCGGCGCUUGCAAUAAUGUGGGAUCACGAUGCUAUUUAUCAGCAAGUCAAGGCUGUAGGCUCAGAGUUCUAUAAGAAAGGUAUUCAGGUCGUCAACAGGCCCACGUCUCAAUUUCUUGAUCGGACCCCCUGGGAUGAUCGAAACGGAGAAGCCUUCGGUCCAGACCCCUAUCUCAACGGUUUGGCCACUGGCCUCACGCACUUCCUCCUCUACGAACAAGAAACCAACCGAACCAAGAACGCAAACAGCAUCGACCCCAACCCCGCCACCGGCCCUCUGCCAUAUUCAUCCAACACCGACGACAAGACCCUCCACGAGGCCUAUCUAUGGCCGUUCUACGACGCCGUCAAGAACGGCAUGGGCGCGGUCAUGUGCGCCAUGAUCAAAGUCAACAAUACGCUCAGCUGUGAGAAUUCCGAUCUACUCCUGCAACAGCUGAAGACCGAGCUGGGCUUUCCCGGGGUGGUUUAUCCCGACACCAAAGCCCAGAGCAGCAGUGCCAGCGACAGCGCAACAAACGGCGAGGAUUACGGCGCCAGUAAUAUCUGGACUACAUCGGUCAUGAAUGCUCUUCUUGCCAACGGGACACUCAGCGAGGCGCGUCUUAACGACAUGUCCAUCCGGAACCUGAUCGGAUACUACAACGCCCACCUUGACAACGGUCUUCAACCCGCCGAGCCAUCCGACGGGGCCUGGGUGGAUGUACGCGGGAACCAUUCCAAGCUGAUCCGGAAAUACGGAGCUCAAUCGAUGGUCCUACUCAAGAACGAGAACAACGCCCUCCCUCUGAAGAAAGUCCGCAGAAUGGGCGUCUUCGGCGCACACGCAGGCUUCAUCGUCGGCGGUCCAAACGCAGAAAUAUCAAUCGCUGGCUCCGGUCCCACCUACCAGAGCCAUCUGGGCACCGGCACCGGCUCAGGACAGGCCUCAUACCCCUACCUCGUCGCCCCGCUCGUCCCAUUGAUCGUCAGAGCAUCCGAAGAGGGCACAAUCCUGAACUGGAUUCUCCAGGAUAACUACACCGCAAGCGCCGGCUCCUCCCUCAUCCCCUCCGUUGCUGGCAGCACAUUCGUUGCGCCUUCGUACGCAGAAACCGCAAGCGACUCCGAUGUGUGCCUCGUCUUUUUGAACGCCCUCUCAGGCGAGGGUAAAGACCGCACAGAACUCUACAACGCCGACCAAGACACCAUGGUCAAAACCGUCGCAGACAACUGCAACAACACCAUUGUCGUGAUUAACACCAUCGGACCAAGACUUGUCGACCAAUGGAUUGAGCACGCGAACGUAACAGCCGUCCUGUACGGGUCUCUCCUCGGACAGGAAUCCGGUAAUUCAAUCGUGGAUGUGUUAUACGGUGACGUGAACCCCUCCGGUCAUCUCACCUAUACCAUCCCCAAGAACGAAAGCGAUUAUAAUGUGGAUAUCUGCUACACCUCCCAGUGUAACUUCACCGAAGGUGUAUACAUCGACUACCGCCACUUCGACGCCUCAAACAUCACCCCGCGCUACCCCUUCGGUCAUGGCCUCUCCUACACCUCCUUCUCGUACUCCGAUCUCACCAUGCCCCACUCCCAGUCACGACCCCUUCAUCUCUCCACCGCCCCAACCGGCCACCGAACCGUCGGCGGCUACAGCGACCUGUGGGACACGGUCGCCAACAUCUCCAUCACGGUCAAAAACAUCGGGAAGGUGAAUGGCGCCGCCGUGCCGCAGCUCUACCUCGGAUUCCCCGAGUCAGCGCAACAGCCCGUCCGUCAGCUGAGGGGGUUUGAACGUGUGGAGCUGGCUACUGGGAAGCAGGCUGUUGUUACUUUUCCGUUGAGAAGAAGGGAUCUUUCGUAUUGGGAUGUCGGGGCGCAGAAGUGGUUGGUUGCUGGUGGGGAGUAUGAGGUUGUUGUGGGGGAGAGUUCGAGAGAUUUUGCGGUGAAUGGGACGUUGGUGGUCAGGACGCAUGGGUAG